AUAAAAAAAACUGACAAAUAAAGGAGAUAAGACAUCUUCAUCGGUUCAAGUGCAAUAAUCAAUAAACCUGCAAAAGCAUAAGCUUUCCCCUCUCAUCUAAAGUAAUACGAAAUAGAUUAGAUCAAAGUCGAUUGUGCAAUUCGAAACAAAACGGAAAAGCAACCUUUGAAAAUAACAUAAGAAAAAACCCCAAAAAAAUCUAUGUAACGGACAAACAUACCCCCAAAAAUCCCCCUCAGAGAAAAGAGCAUAUAUAUUUUCUACCUUUUCAACUUGCAUUAUUUUCGUUUUCCCUUUUUCGUUUUGUGGGGGUUGUUUUUCCGCAAAAAAAAAUAAGAAAAACAAAAAGAAAAACGGAAAAAAUCCAUGAAUAUAAAGUCAAGUGCGGCUAAACGGACCUCUGAACUCGAACAAUUAACCCAAAAUAUAUAGGAUAUAGGAUAUCAUGUCACUGGAGGAUCCAUUUUUUGUUGUUAAAGACGAGGUCUUUAAAGCUUUGAAUAAAACUCGCGGACUUUAUCUACGUUGGCGUGAAUUGGGCGAGAACGGUGGAGGAACGGAUAGCGAAUGGACAACCACAGAGCUGAGGAAUUCCCUGAGAAGCAUUGAAUGGGAUCUAGAGGAUUUGGAAGAUACUAUCAGCAUUGUCGAGAAGAAUCCGACAAAAUUUCGCAUCGAUAAUCGUGAAUUAUCCAGCCGGCGUCAUUUUAUUGACAACACCCGCGAUGAGGUCAAACAGAUGAAGGAUAAGAUGAGCCUGAAUCGGAACAGGGACAGAGAUAUAACUGCACAUCAGCCGCUCCUCGAUAACGACAACAAAUCCAUUAAUAAUCCACAAAAUCCUAAUCACAAUUUGAAUUCCAACGAAUAUCAUUCGCAUCAUCACAAUCAAUCGCAUCAUCAUAAUCAUCCGCACAACGAUCGCACAUAUUUGGUGGAGUGUACCAACGGCAAUUCUCUGAUCAACAGCGGAAGUCAAGUGGUGGCCAAUACCAUAGCCGGAACGAUGUCAGCAGCGGCAGCAGCAGCCCAGCGUCACAGUGGCACCAAAUAUUCGAAAUUGGAGAAUAAUCUCGAUAGCCCGAGUCAUACGAAUCAUUCAGCAUUGCAUAAUCAUAGCCAGCAUAAUAGUCUCGAUAGUCCAGGUCAUAGAUAUGUGGGUGAGACGGUGUCCAUACAGCAGCGUAUGCUGCAGGGACAGGACGAGCAGCUGGACAUGAUAAGUGAUUCCAUUGGUACUCUUAAGACAGUUUCCCGGCAAAUUGGUGUCGAACUGGACGAACAGGCGGUGAUGUUGGAUGACUUUGGUAAUGAAUUCGAUACCACGGAAUCCAAAUUGGAUACGACCAUGAAGAAAGUUGCCAAAGUAUUGCAUAUGAAUAAUGAUAAACGUCAAUGGGCCGCCAUAUUAAUUCUAUCCGGGCUGUUAUUAUUUGUGAUAAUUUUGUUUAUUAUAUUGUAAUUCCAUAUAUAUAUUUCUGUAUGUAAAUUAGUAAAUUAGUUUAUUUUCUAUUUUAA